AAUAUUCAUGAUAUUUCGCGGGCUUUGUGGUCACGUGUCAUAUUUCGCGCGAAAACUUUGCCUCGCCGGUAGGGAAAAAAAAACAACAGUCUAAACUGAAGGGACCCGGACUACACGCAGUACAAUGGCCGAUUCCUCAGAGUCUUUCAACAUUGCCACGAGCCCGAGUCGCGGCUCACGGCGAGGCGAUCUGACAUCCAGCCCAGGCAGAGACCUUCCUCCGUUUGAAGAUGAGUCUGAGGGACUGCUGGGGGACCAUGAGCCUGAAGAGGAGGAAGAAGAUGGAGAGGAGCUGUUUGGGAACCAGUUGGAAGGGGACUACCGUCCUAUUCCUGAAUUGGAUCGCUAUGAGGCAGAAGGUCUGGAUGAUGAGGACUUGAGUGAACUGUCUCCUGGAGCUCGUGCUCGUGCUGAGGCAGCUAUGAAUGACCGAGACAAAAGAAUAGGCAUUGGCCGCAUGGCCAGGGGGCUGCUUUAUGACAGUGAAGAUGAGGAUGACGAGCGACCAUCAAAGAGGCGACGACGUCUGGCAGAACGUGCCGCAGAAGGAGCUGGUGCUGAAGGCGAGGAUGAAGAGAUGAUUGAGAGCAUUGAGAACCUAGAGGAUAUGAAGGGUCACUCAGUGCGGGAGUGGGUUUCUAUGGCUGCCCCACGCCUGGAGAUCUACCACCGUUUCAAGAAUUUUCUUCGCACCCACGUGGAUGAGCACGGCCACAAUGUUUUUAAAGAGAGGAUCAGCGACAUGUGCAAAGAAAACAAGGAGAGCUUGUUGGUGAACUAUGAGGAGUUGGCCUCCAGAGAGCAUGUACUAGCCUACUUUCUUCCUGAGGCACCUGCUGAGAUGCUGAAGAUCUUUGAUGAAGCAGCAAAAGAGGUGGUGCUGGCCAUGUACCCCAAAUAUGAUCGCAUAGCCCACGAGAUCCAUGUGCGGAUUGGCAACCUGCCUCUAGUGGAGGAGCUACGUUCACUCAGGCAGCUGCAUCUAAACCAGCUUAUCCGCACCAGUGGUGUAGUAACCAGCUGUACGGGAGUGCUGCCCCAACUCGGCAUGGUCAAAUACAACUGUAACAAGUGUAACUUCAUCCUUGGCCCCUUUUUCCAAUCACAAAACCAGGAAGUGAAACCAGGCUCCUGUCCAGAAUGUCAGUCUCUUGGACCUUUUGACAUCAAUAUGGAGCAGACCGUGUAUCAGAACUACCAGCGCAUCACCAUCCAGGAGAGUCCUGGCAAAGUGGCGGCUGGUCGUCUGCCCCGGUCCAAGGAUGCCAUUCUUCUGGCUGAUCUGGUAGAUAGUUGUAAGCCUGGAGAUGAAAUUGAGCUGACUGGCAUCUAUCACAACAACUAUGACGGCUCACUAAACAUGGCCAAUGGCUUUCCUGUUUUCGCAACUGUAAUCCUGGCCAAUCACAUUGUGCGGAAAGAUCAGCGAGUGGCUGUAGCAGAGCUCACUGAUGAAGAUGUAAAAGCCAUUGUGGCUUUGUCCAAGGAUGAGCGCAUCGGAGAAAGGAUAUUUGCCAGCAUUGGGCCCUCUAUCUACGGCCAUGAAGAUAUCAAGAGAGGUCUGGCUCUUGCACUGUUUGGUGGCGAGUCUAAGAAUCCAGGAGGAAAGCAUAAAGUACGUGGUGACCUCAACGUACUGAUGUGUGGAGAUCCAGGCACAGCCAAGUCUCAAUUCCUGAAGUAUGUGGAGAAGGUUGCGAGCCGGGCAGUGUUCACAACGGGACAGGGUGCCUCAGCCGUUGGUCUCACAGCCUACGUCCAGAGACAUCCAGUCACUCGUGAGUGGACGUUGGAAGCCGGGGCUCUGGUCCUGGCAGACCGUGGAGUCUGUCUUAUUGAUGAGUUUGAUAAGAUGAACGAUCAGGACCGCACCAGUAUCCAUGAAGCAAUGGAGCAGCAGAGUAUCUCCAUCUCCAAAGCUGGCAUUGUCACUUCUUUGCAGGCCCGAUGCACUGUAAUCGCUGCUGCAAACCCAAUUGGUGGCCGAUAUGACCCAUCCCUCACCUUUUCUGAGAAUGUUGACCUGACUGAGCCAAUUGUGUCUCGUUUUGACAUCUUGUGUGUCGUAAGAGACACUGUGGAUCCUGUGCAGGACGAGAUGCUUGCCCGCUUCGUGGUGGGCAGCCACAUAAAGCAUCACCCCAGCAAUAAGGAGGGAGGUGUCGCCAGCCUGGAGGAAAUGGUGCUGCCCAAUUCAUCAGAUGUGCCACCCAUUCCUCAGGAGCUACUCAGGAAGUACAUCAUCUAUGCCAAGGAGCGUGUGCGGCCCAAACUGAAUCAGAUGGACCAGGACAAGGUGGCACGCAUCUACAGCGACCUCCGCAAGGAAUCCAUGGCUACUGGCAGCAUCCCCAUUACAGUGCGUCACAUUGAGUCAAUGAUCCGGAUGGCAGAGGCUCACGCACGUAUGCACCUUCGUGACUACGUACAAGAGGAGGAUGUCAACAUGGCCAUACGUGUCAUGCUGGAGAGUUUUAUCGAUACACAGAAGUUCAGUGUGAUGAGGAGCAUGAGAAAGACAUUCGCACGCUACCUGGCUUUCAGGCGAGACAACAAUGAGCUACUGCUGUUUAUCCUGAAGCAACUGGUGGCUGAGCAAGUGUCCUACCAGCGCAACCGUUAUGGAGUACAGCAGGAUGUCAUUGAGAUCCCUGAGAAAGAUCUGGUGGACAAGGCUCGACAGAUCAACAUCCACAGCUUGUCAGCGUUUUAUGACAGCGAUUUGUUCCUUUCCAACAAGUUUUCCCAUGAUGCAAAGAAGAAGCUGAUCAUGCAACAGUUCUAAGCCAUCUGCUGCUUAUGGCUUGUAUUGGAGAAUCUUGUGGACGUGUAAAUAUGUUGCUAUUUCGCCACAUUGUGUGGACAUGGAGGAGUUCUGAUAUGGACAGAGUCAUUUGAUCAUUCAAAGUAACGCCACACUUUGGUAGUGGUAAUGUUUGCUCUUGCUUGUAAGACAGGUGGUAUGAAUUUUUCUUUUUUUUUUUUUUUUCUUUUAAACUGUCAAAUGCAGAAAUGUUUUGCAUGUGUAGGAUUGGAUAUUGUAAAAAAAAGUGUACCAUGUUCUAAAAGAAAUUGUUAAAUAAAAUGUUUACUUACCCUUAAAUUACAGAUAUCAAGAUUUACUCGACCACCGAAUUGAAAUUUAGAGCACAGUACAAGCUUUUGAGUCUCUCCAGAAACCUACAGUUUCACAAAUGAUCAGUUUUGGGUCAAAUUCUGGGUUUUGCUGUUCAAGUAUGCAUGCACAUCAGCACAUUGUUGGAUCAUCACAAUUAGUGUUCUAGCUUUGGCUCUAAAUUUCAACUCUGCAGAAAACCUGGUGGUAUUGCACAUUCCUGUAUCUAAAAAUAUGUUGUGCAUGCAGGAGUAGUCCAAGGUCAUUUUAUUAGCUGCAGAAAGCCCUAACCGAGGCGCUACUACAGACGUUCUGAGGGGUCAUGAUUUAAAAACUAGGGGCACUGAAAUAUGAUUUCACCGUUUUCCAAUUCCUUAAUUUUUUAUUUGCUCAAAUUGUAACAAAGGAAACAAGUAAAAAAAAACAUGUAAAUAUCCAAAUGCCAUGAUUUUAAUGAUUUGCAUGUACAGUAUUUGUUUUUAUAAUUUUUAAUGCCAUGCCAGCAUCAAUGCCAUUGUUUAGGUUAGCUUGCUUAUAUUGCAGAUAAGAUGUUUAGUGUUUUUCUCAAGGUGGGAAAACUGAAACAUUUGCUCUGCUUCAGGCUUAUUGCCAAUUUUCUCUUUGUCCUUGAUCAUUUUGGUGGAGCCAAUUGGAUUGUAGACACCUGCUAUUUGUAAGAGGGAGAGAUGUAAGGUUUAUGUGGAAUUAGUAAUAUUUUUGACAGUUGAAAAUAUAGUGGAUCUACAAAUAAUAAAGUUUAGAAAGUUAAA